AUGUCUGGCGACGUCAAGUUUUGCAUCGAUCGCGGCGGCACCUUCACGGACGUCUACGCGGAGAUCCCGCGCGAGGGCGACGCGGGAGAGGUGGCGUUCGUGACCCUGAAGCUGCUGAGCGAGGACCCGGCGAACUACGCGAGCGCGCCGAGGGAAGGCAUACGACGCGUGCUGGAGACGGUGCACGGACGAGAGAUAAAAAGAGAUGAAAAAGUACCGACGGAAAGGAUCGAAUGGAUACGCAUGGGGACGACGGUGGGGACGAAUGCGUUGCUGGAGAGAAAAGGCGCGGCGACGGCGUUGGUGACGACGCGCGGAUUCGGAGACUUGUUGGCGAUCGGAAAUCAGGCGAGACCGGAUAUAUUCGAUCUCGCGAUCGAGCGACCGGGGGCGUUGUACGAGCGCGUCGUGGAGGUGGACGAACGCGUGCGAGUUUUAGGGGAGGGGGAGCGCGCGCGAGGCGCGAGCGUCGUCGGCUCGACGGGGGAGACGGUGGAGAUAUUGAAACCUUUGGAUGUGGAGUCGCUUCGCCCGCGGUUGCGGGCGCUUUUAGACGACGGUAUCACGUCUAUAUCAGUCGUGCUCUUGCAUUCGUACACGUUCGAUGAGCACGAACGCGCAAUCGGCGCGUUGGCGCGCGAGAUGGGAUUCCAGCACGUCGCGUUGAGCAGCGCGCUCGUGCCGAUGGUGCGCGCUGUGCCGCGAGGGCACACUGGGUCGGUCGAUGCGUACUUGACGCCGUGCAUUAGAACGUAUAUCGACUCCUUUCUGGACGGUUUCGACGAAGGCUUGCGCGACGUCAAGGUUAGUUUCAUGCAAUCGGACGGCGGGCUCACGCCGGCGGACAAUUUUAGCGGCUAUCAAGCCAUUUUGAGUGGUCCCGCCGGUGGAGUCGUUGGGUUCGCUCUCACGACGAGCGCGGCGUUACGCGACGAUGGCGACGACGGACGAACACCCAUCAUAGGCUUCGACAUGGGUGGUACGAGCACGGAUGUCAGUCGUUACGAUCCGCGGGGCGGGUACGAACAAGUCACAGAGACGACGACGGCGGGCGUCACAGUGCAAGCGCCGCAAUUAGAUAUCACGACCGUCGCCGCCGGUGGUGGUUCAGCCCUAACAUUUCGUUCGAGGACGUUUUACGUUGGCCCAGAAAGCGUGGGAUCUCAACCAGGUCCGGUGUGUUAUCGCAAAGGAGGCGCGCUCGCCGUCACAGAUGCGAACUUGGUCCUCGGGCGCAUCCUCCCAGAAUAUUUCCCAAAGAUAUUCGGCCCGAACGAAGACGAAGCGCUGGACUAUGAAUCCUCUUACAAGGCAUUUGAAGAAGUCACGGCGCGUAUCAAUGCCGAGACCGGAGAGAGUUUAUCGGCUGAAGAGGUUGCGAUGGGAUUCUUGCGCGUCGCCAAUGAGGCAAUGUGUAGGCCGAUUCGCGAAAUCACGGAGAGCAAAGGGUACGAAAUUUCAUCCCACGUUCUGGCCGCUUUCGGCGGUGCUGGACCGCAGCACGCAUGUGCAAUCGCGCGCGAUCUGGGAAUGUCUACCGUCUUUGUACACAGAUUUUGUGGUAUUCUCUCGGCAUACGGCAUGGGCCUUGCCGACGUCGUCGCCGAGUCACAAGCUGCGUGCGCUGCGAAGUAUGAAGACGCACAAGGAUUGAAGCGAGCGAUGGACGAUAUGAUAGCACUGAAAGAAAAAGUGAUAUCGCAGCUCAUUUCAGACGGACAGUUCGAAGCGAGUGCGGUGCGAUGCGAAUGCUUUCUCAAUUUGAGAUACGAUGGCUCCGACACGGCUAUGAUGGUGCCCGAACCAGACGAUGGCGACUAUGCGAAGGCAUUCCGUGAACGCUUCGUGCGCGAGUACGGAUUCGAUUUAAAAGGGCGAGCAUUACUGAUAGAUGACGUACGCGUGCGCGGAGUCGCGAAUAACUCGCUGCUUACGCGCUUGCCCAUCGCGUGCUGCAAACCGGGUGAAAAGCCGAUUGCGAACACGAAAACGCGCGUCUACUUUGAGAACCUUGGUUGGUGCGAGACGCCGGUGUUUCAAUUUGAAAGUUUGCUCGGUGGAAUGUCCAUUGAAGGACCUGCGAUCAUCAUGAAUGGGACAUCGACGUGCGUGAUUGAGCCGAUUUGCGUCGGUCACGUGACAACGUACGGCGACUUGAAAAUCACGGUGCCAAACGUCAAAGAGCAAAAUGAAACCGUCGAAGCCGAUUACUCUCGUGCCGAUGCUAUUUUGAUUUCGAUCUUUAGCAACAGAUUUAUGGGCAUAGCCGAGCGCAUGGGCCGAACGUUGCAACGCACAAGCGUGUCGACGAACAUCAAGGAGAGGCUCGAUUUUUCGUGCGCCAUUUUCGGGCCAGACGGCGGACUUGUCGCGAACGCCCCGCACGUUCCGGUGCACUUAGGCGCAAUGUCCUCGACCGUUUCUUGGCAACUCGAACACUGGGGAUUUGACGGUUUGCACGAAGGCGACGUUCUUGUGACCAAUCAUCCACGUGCAGGUGGUAGUCACUUGCCUGACAUCACCGUGGUCACGCCUGUAUUCCGAGACGGGAGAAUCGUGUUCUUCGUCGCCUCGCGAGGACAUCACGCCGAUGUCGGCGGUGCGACUCCAGGAUCGAUGCCACCAUUUUCAAAAACAAUCGCAGACGAAGGUGCCGCCAUAAAAACGUUCAAACUCGUCGAUCGUGGCGUGUAUCAAGAGGAAGGCAUAAUCAAACUGCUGACAAAGCCAGAUACUGGCAGUCGCGGUACGCGCAAGCUUGCCGAUAACUUGAGCGAUUUGAGCGCACAAGUUGCAGCGAAUCAGCGAGGCAUUUCACUUUUGAACGAACUAAUUGACGAGUGUGGGCUGGGUCAGGUACAGGCGUACAUGAAUCACGUACAAGACAACGCUGAGCUUGCUGUUCGCGACAUGUUGAAAACUGCGGCGCAAAACGUCAUUGACAAUGCCACUCGUCUGGGCGCACAAGUGAACGGCGAUAAAGUUACUCUCAGAGCACUCGAUAAAAUGGACGACGGAAGCGAGGUGUGCUUGACGUUGACUCUUGACGCUGCCCAUGGUACUGCUGAUUUCGAUUUCUCCGGCACGUCUCCCGAAGUGUCAGGAAAUUGGAACGCGCCGCCGGCGGUGACAAACGCGGCGGUUAUUUACAGCAUUCGUUGUCUCGUCAAACAAGAAAUUCCACUAAAUCAAGGUUGUUUGAAACCAGUGACGAUAUCCGUGCCCAACGGAUGCUUUCUUUCGCCCUCUGAGGAUGCGGCCGUCGUCGGCGGAAACGUCCUCACGUCUCAGCGUGUGACAGAUGUCUGCCUCGCCGCAUUCGGGGCUUGCGCGAACGCCCAAGGAUGCAUGAAUAAUUUGACGUUUGGCGAUGAUAACUUUGGGUAUUAUGAAACCAUCGGUGGUGGCGCGGGUGCGGGGCCAGACUUUAACGGUGCUUCCGCGGUUCAGUGUCAUAUGACGAACACAAGAAUUACAGAUCCAGAAAUUUUGGAGCGGCGAUAUCCAGUCAUAUUGCGCGAGUUCUCUAUUCGUCAAGGCUCUGGCGGUGAUGGAAAUACGAAAGGUGGCGAUGGAAUCGUUCGUGAACUUGAGUUCCUGAAAGAUGUCACCGUGAGUGUGUUGUCUGAACGGCGUAUUUUUGCCCCAAAAGGUUUGGCGGGAGGCAACGACGGCGCACGCGGAGUAAACUCGCUGCGUCGCGUGAACGGCGAAGUUGUUGAUUUAGGAGGUAAAAAUUCCGUGCAAGUCUCCGCAGGCGACGUGUUAAGGAUAGAAACGCCAGGCGGGGGUGGAUAUGGCACGAAAAUGAGUUGA